GCGAACUCCCAUCGAUGCGAUACCAGAAAAAAGAGAGAAGCAUGCCCAUGAUGCAGGCCCGACGUGCUCUCGCGCUGCUCCUCCACAUCGUCCCGAUCCUCGCCGCCGCCGCUUCCCCCGACAACGGCACCGACUUCAUCCGCGCCAGCUGCGGGGAGACCCUCUACCCGGACGUCUGCUACAGCUCCCUCUCCUCCUACGCCGGCUCCGUGCAGCAGAGCCCCGGCCAGCUGGCCCGCGCCGCCAUCGCCGUCAGCCUCGCGAGCGCCCAGAAGAUGGCGGCCUACCUCGCCAACCUCUCGCGCACCCACGCCGCCGACCCCGGGGCCGAGCCGCCCGCCGCUUCCGCCGCGCUCCGGGACUGCGUCACCAACAUGGGCGACGCGGUCGGCGAGAUACGCGGCUCGCUGAAGCAGAUGCGGCAGCUCGCCACCGCCGGCGCCGCGAGCCAGGAGGGGUUCAGGUUCCAGAUGAGCAACGUGCAGACGUGGAUGAGCGCCGCCCUGACGGACGAGGACACGUGUACGGACGGGUUCGAGGACGUGCCGGACGGGCCCGUGAAGUCGGACGUCUGCAAUCGGGCCGGGGAGGUGGAGAAGGUGACGAGCAACGCAUUGGCGUUGGUGAACAGCUAUGUGAAUAAGGAGGCACCACCAUGAGUGAGAUAUUGGACAUAUAAUUGUUGUUUUUUAUUUUCCCCAUUAUUUUGCAUCCUUCCCCUUUUUUUUUCACUGUAUGGAUAUGCAUUUUAUAUUGGGUUCAGAAAAUGGA